UUCAGACACAUACACACAAGAACAUACACACAAGAACACAUCGACCAAAGCACAGCGGGAUCAUCGUCUCGAUCAGGACCAGCCUCGGCCAGGCCAUACCUCAUGGGUUCGUCCACGACGCGCCUUCUCCUCGCGGUGGCCCUCGCCGUCCUUCUAACGUCGACGUGCCAUGUCGCUGAUGCCGCGAGGCCCGCGCCGGCGGCGGACCAGGCGCGGCUGCUCGACGGCGACGUCGUCCAGGCGGUCACGCUGGCGGACAAGGCGAGGCAGACGGUGGAGCUGCUCAUGGCCAGGUUGCCGGCCGGACCCAGCCCCAAGGGACCCGGCCACUAGUAGCUAGACGACGGAGACAGGGUUUCUGCGAUGCCGUUCUUUUGUUCAUGUUUCUUUUCCGGGGAAGGAAGACCUGAUUCUUUCUAGUUUACAAAUUCAUUUUUGAGGGGAAAAAACAUUCUCUGUUGUUACCUGUAUUAUACUUAUACAGUACCGGUGCUGCUGAUAUGAGAUACUAGUGAACUAAUCAAUACAAAGGUCAAUGAUCACAAUUCUUUACAAUCA